UUAGAAUUUUGAAAUAUUUGUUCAGUAACUCUAGACUCUAUAAUUAAGCGAUAAUCUUCUUUGAACAAAUUGUGCCAUUAUCUGAUAGAAUCGUUAUAAACGCUACCUGCAAAUCGUUCUGUCACCAAAUCCAAUCUGAUGUAAAAUACCUAUAUAAUGUGCCUGUUCAAUUCCCAACAUUCAGAGCCGUGUUUAUAACUGUCUGUUGGUAGAAUAUCACGAAUUCAGAAUGAAUUUCAUUGUUUUCCUAGCAAUUUUGGUGCUGGCCGUCGACACUGAUAAGGCACCGGUCGACGCCGAGGACUGCAUUGAUGUUGAGAAAAAUGCUGAAGAAAUAAGACAGUGCUGCGACAUUCCGAGCCCACUGGAGAUGGAGAACAUUCAACAGUGCAAAGAAAAGUAUCAACAGGAGCUUGGAUCAGAUGUACCAAAUUUUGUGACCUGCAUCUUCGAUUGCCACGCCCGGGAACUUGGAGUACUCACCGGCGAGCAGGACAUCGAUGAAGCAAAGAUGCUGGAAAUGGUCAAUCAAGUUCCCGACGAGGACGUCAAGAAACUGAUGGAACAAAGCGUCAAGGAGUGCUUCAAAGCGAAGGAUGAAAUUUUGGAAAAGGCCAAAGGACAAAACAUGAAGUGCCACCCGCUGGCAAUGAUGAUGACUGAGUGCAUCAUGCAUGCCAUCUUCUCCGAGUGCGAAACGCUCCCGAACCACUGGAAGGGAUCCGAAAUUUGCACCCAGGUGAAAAAUGGAGCAAAGCCGUGUGCCUGAAAAAAAUGGUGGAAAUAUGAGGUGACCGCAUACGCUAGCGUUAUUUUGGAAGAAUAAAGAUGAAUCUAAUUGAACCGCCUUACCAACAA